AUGCUGAUAGGACAUAACCGACGGCUCUUUAUCGUAUACGCCUCCUUGGCUAGUUUGUGGGUCUUUUUGUUCCAACUCUGCAGACUCUACACCUUCUCCGACCCUUCUUCUUUCUUUUAUGAUUCGAGCCGAGCCUACGAGACGCGAUACAGUGCUUUUCGUCAACGGAAAGCUGAUGAACUACUCGACGUUGCCGAACACUUCCCAGUAGAAGAGCUAGCGAAACUCCCCCAUUUCAACAACGUUACCGAAGCAAUACCACGAAACUCGAGUAAGCGUUUAUGUGUCGGCAUACCGAGUGUAACGCGAGAACGCGAGCAGUUCUUACCCAGAGCGGUGGCCUCACUUGUCCAAGGUCUCAGCCUCGAACAGAGACAGUCGAUACACAUCGUCAUACUACUGGGAGACGAUGAUCCAACAUCCCAUCCAGUUUUUGGGAAACGAUGGCUUGAUCGUCUGGCUGAUCAAGUUCUCUUGUACGGCAACUCCUCGAAAGUCGAUGCUCCCAAACGAUACCGUAUUGUCGCGUCAGAUCACAGCCAUGAGCUCUCCCGAAACGACCGAGUCCACCGCGACUACGCUACAUUGAUCACAGCCUGCCAGGAGCAACAAACAGAGUAUUUCGCUUUGGUAGAAGAUGAUAUCAUCGCUGCGCACAAUUGGCUAGGUCGACUAUCCACUGCCUUGGACAAGCUCGAACGAACCGAAGACGCAAAGAACUGGCUGUACCUACGACUGUUCUAUUCCGAAACAUACAUGGGCUGGAACGCUGAGGAAUGGCCAACGUAUCUCGUCAAUUCGAUAUCGGUAUACUGUAUCGUUUUGAUGCUCUACCUUCUGGUAGUGGCUAUAGACACACGACGAAGAUCCCAGACCUUUCACCCAAAGUCCACCAUCUGGGCCCUACCGCACCUGACAUUCUGGGCGGCGUCUUUUAUCCUGCUGUACUUCCUCGCUGGUCGUCUUGCAGUCAAUCCGUAUCCAACUGGCGUUCAUGAGAUGCCGAAUUACGGGUGUUGUGCACAGGGUCUAGUGAUUCCUCGGCAACAUCUGGACGAGCUUGGCGCCGCCCUGAACACCGCGUCCGACGCUGUUGCUGGCGACUCGCUCAUAGAAAGCUUCGCUGAUAGCCAUCACCUGAAGAAGUACGCUAUCACGCCAAGUGUACUGCAACAUGUUGGAAGGAUGGGGUCCUCAGAUGUUGGGGGGACUCACAAGGUGACGUGGAACUUUAGUUUCGAGAAGACGAGCACUAGAAGAUCACGGCAUUAA